AUGCCCAGCGGCACAGUCCGAAGUUUAUGCGAAAUAGAGAAAUACCUCAGCAGCAGCAGCAGCAGCAGCAGCAGGGCGAUGGACCGGAGUGCUGAGGCCAGUCUUCUGGGCAUCUCGUCAAUGCGCCGGGGCUCCUCUGACAACAACCUGGACUUAGACUUCGACGGCGGCAGCAACUCGUCGUUGGCCGGUGAGGUCCAGCGCAGCCGCUCCUGUUUGGACAACCUGCAACAGAAGAUCCUCAAAGUCACAGAGCAGCUGAAGAUCGAGCAGACGGCGCGGGACGAGAACGUGGCCGAAUAUCUGAAGCUUGUCAACAGUGCGGACAAGCAGCAAAUGGGCCGAAUCAAACAGGUUUUUGAGAAGAAGAACCAGAAAUCGUCUCAACACAUCGCGCAGAUGCAGAAGAAGCUCGAACAGUAUCACAAAAAGAUGAAAGACGGGGAAGUCCAGCUGACCUCGCCUCCGCAUCCGCCCCUGUUCAAGCACAGCACCAUCCCCAGGGAGUCGUCCAGAGAGCUUUUGAAGGACAUCACGGGCAGCGGGAGACACCCAACCAUGGACAAGAUCAAGACCAUAGGUCCCGGCGUCUCUCUUUCCCCGCCGUUCUUCUUCAGCAAGCCCAGGGAUAUCGCCAAUCUCAUCCGGAAUAAAUUUGGCAGCGCCGACAACAUCAACCACCUCAAGUCCCCCGCAGAGUCCACCCCUCCCCUCCCCACCGACGGCGCCUCCAAGGGCCUCAGCAGCAGCAUGUCCAUGGUCGGAAAACCCAAAUAUCCCAGCGACGACGAGUGCUCCUCGGAAAGCGCCUCCAUCUCGGACAGUAACGGGAUCUCCAGGGGCUGGCCGGGGCGCGGACAGGUCCCAGGGCAGGAGCAGCCGAGCGGGGCAGAGAGCCACGCCAGACUGGCGCUGUGUCUGGAGGAGACCAGGGAGAUCAAGGAGUCCCAGGGUCAGCUGGAGGAGGACCUGGACGAGCUGAAGGCACAGUUCAAGAGGGAGUAUGAUUCGCUCCAUGAACUGCUGGUGGAGGAGAAGUACAGGUAUGAGCAUCUGGAAGACCAGCUGAAUGACUUGACCGAGCUUCAUCAGAAUGAGAUGACCAACCUGAAGCAGGAGCUCACCAGCAUCGAGGAGAGAGUGGCCUACCAGGCUCAGGAGCGCGCACGUGACCUACAGGAGGCCCUGGAGUCGUGCCAGACCCGCGUGUCCAAGCUGGAGUUGCAGCAGCAGCAUCAACAGUCCGUGCAGCUGGAGACUCACGACGCUCGAGUCCUGCUGGGCAAGACCAUCAACAUCAUGCUCGCCAUCAUCACCGUCAUCCUGGUCUGCGUCUCCACCGCCGCCAAGUUUGCCGCCCCCUUAAUGCGGAGCCGGCAGCACGUGGUCGCCACUAUCUUAGGGGUCUGCUUUUUGACCUUUUUCUGGAAAAACUGGGAGCGUUUACAACACGUGAUCGACAGGAUGCUGCUUCCGGCCUGA